AAAAGUGCCCGUUCAUCAUUUCAGCCCUCUACACGCUGAUUUUGAAGGCACGACCGGAAGUACGUUCAAUCCUGUCAUCAAACAGAGGAAGGCAGUCAUCACUGAGGUCAUCUGCUUCAAGGAGUACCUGCACGCUAACGUUACCUGUGGUGUUUUAGCAAGAAAUCAAAUAGGAUGUCUGGAGAUUUGCCUCUGAAUAUCAACAUUAAAGAACCACGAUGGGACCAGGGCACGUUUAUGGGCCGAGCUCAGCACUUCUUCAUGGUGACGGACCCCAGAACCGUGCUGCUGUCCAGUGAGGUUUUAGAGGAUGCCAGAGUUACUGUGGAGAACUACAGGUUGGGAAUCACGAAGCCUGGGCUAACAGAAGAUCAACUAUGGAGGGCCAAAUACAUUUAUGACUCUGCUUUCCACCCAGACACAGGAGAGAAAAUGCUGCUAAUUGGACGCAUGUCUGCACAAGUGCCCAUGAACAUGACCAUUACGGGUUGCAUGCUUACCUUUUACAGGACAACCCCAGCAGUGGUGUUUUGGCAGUGGGUAAACCAGUCCUUCAACGCCAUCGUCAACUACACUAACCGCAGCGGAGAUGCGCCAAUCACAGUGAAUCAGCUUGGAGCAGCUUAUGUUAGUGCUACCACUGGAGCUGUAAUAACAGCCCUUGGACUGAAGGCCCUGACCAAGAGCUUGCCAGCUAUUAUGGGGCGUUUUGUUCCAUUUGCUGCAGUGGCAGCUGCAAACUGUAUCAACAUACCCUUCAUGAGACAAAGAGAGCUGAAGUGUGGUAUUCCUGUUACUGAUGCUGAGGGAAACCGUCUCGGAGAAUCAAGUAAAGCUGCUCAGCAAGCCAUCGUACAGGUGGUGGUGUCUCGUAUCGGCAUGGCAGUGCCAGCCAUGGCUAUUCCUCCAGUCAUCAUGAAUGCCUUAGAAAAGAAGGCCUUCAUGAAGCGGUUCCCGGUGCUCAAUGCCCCUGUACAAGUUGGACUUGUUGGACUCUGUCUGGUGUUUGCCACUCCACUGUGCUGUGCUCUGUUCCCACAGAAGAGUUCUAUGAAGGUGAGCAGCCUGGAGCCGGAGCUUCAAGAGAGGAUACGACAAAACAAUCCUCACAUCACCAGUGUUUAUUUUAACAAGGGUCUGUAAUCAGGUCUAGGUUGAUGCCCUCCACUGCACUGGAGGUUAGUGGGCACAACUUGAAGAGUAGAACAUAUUUAUUGUUGUUUUGCUGUUCUGAGUUAUAUAUUUUUUGUCAGUUAUACCCAUGUUAUCGUACUAUCCAAAAUGAUUAUAUGUACAGUGAAGGUCAGAACUUGCUGCUGGAUUUAGUUUAAGAUGCUUGAACGUUAACUGCUGCAUUGCUUUACGCCUCCAUCUAGUGUUGACUGCACACGCAUAGACUUAUUUCCCAGUAUAUUAAUUUACAGGUUUGUGGCUCAAAUGUCUGACUAACUUCACACUACCAUGUGCGUUAUUACUAAAGACAGUUACAGAAAUUAGGUUUUUUAAACUUUAUUCUGCUAGAAGGAGUAUUUCCACCUUUCUCCACUCCACUAUGUGCCCAUUAAGUGCACUUAUGCAGUGAAUGCAGUGUGCAUUCACCUGUAUGUAUUACAAAAGAAACCCUAAGAUGUGCAAACACUCCUUCAUGAGCGCAUCAAAAUGCUAAUUAUUGGGAUUUCAUGGUUAUCACUUCCUGUAGGUCACACUUCAUUAUUUCUGUUUAAGCCUCAUAGAGGUGUGGUUUGAAUUAGUCACAAAUGUCUCCGAGAUAUUUGGUUGUGUGGAUUGUAGUUCGUGUACUGAAUGGUCAAAAUAAUAUUUAUUGAAAUAUUUAAUACUUAUUACCAUUUGUGAUUGUAUGAAUAAUUUCCCCAAAUAGGACAGAAUGUGUCUGGGCUAAAAGAAAGAAGCACAACAUAUGUCAGGCUGCAAGAGCAAAUUAUAAGAUCAGAGUUUGCUCAUGUUUGAUAGAUGAAAAAUGCUUGUCAUGGGGUAAUCUAUUAUGUGUUUUUAUAUAUAUAUAUAUGAGAUGAUGUCAGUCGUAGUAUCUGUAGUAUAUGAUAUAACGAUUAUAAGUUCACUAGCCUCUGGUCCUGAAACCUGAGCACAUAAGAUCAAACUUGUUUUCCCUGACGUAUUGUGCUACUGUUAUGGUAUGUAUUUUUUGUUGUUUGGUUCCUGUUGUUUUUGUGGAUUAAGUUAACAAACCUUUACAGUGUUUUUGCCAUCAGACUUCAACAACACUGUCGUUAUUCACAUCAUGUCCUCUAAGAGGCAGUAGAGAUCUGUUGUUUUCUCCAUUGAAGGCAAAUCAUUUAGCCUAAUACCUAAGCACAUUGUUAUGUAAGCAUAUCGUUGAAAAAGGAAGCCCAGUUGAAAGCAGUCAGUGAUUGAUGCUUGCUUUAUUUAAUGCACAAAUUCCCUGUUACUAUGAUGAUAGUACAAAAAAAUGUCUAGAUUUGAUAUAGAAGUGUUGGAUAUGUUAUACGGAUAUGACUAUUUGAUUGUGAUUUAUACAGAACUGUCUGAUUUCUUCCGGGAAUGUCCUGUUACAAAAAGUAUCACAGACUAGUGUCAAGACUCGUUCUUCCUUUGAAAAUGCACAAUGCACCAGCACACAAAGUUCAGUUGGUUGUGUAAUGCUCACCAGUGUCACAAUGCUUUAUAGUGAUGCUCAACAUAAUAAACACAGAAUUACAAACUUAAAUCGACAGACAUUAUACUGUCGGUACUGCCAUAGCAUCCUCAAACCACACUGACCCAGCUUACUGUCUGUAAUAUCAGCAAUACAACAAAUUAUUUAGCAAAGGUGGCGUUUCAAGAUCUUGCAGAUAUUUUAUGAUUGUAAAUUGCACUAGACCACUGACAAUGUUUAUUGGAUGUACCCACAAUGUUAAAAUUAACAAUAUUAUGAUAAUGAAUGGUCAUAUAUAAUUUUCUUUAUAAUUAUAAAAUGAUUGUUGUCCAUCAAUUAAUCAUAUAUAGAUAGUAAUAGAUUAAAUAAAACAUUUUGUCACACCAAAUGCAUUUGGCAAUUUACAAAAAUCAGACCACGCCAAAGAAAAUGAAGAAUGACUGCAUAUAUGCUUGAUGCUUAGAGCACAUCUUGAUAAGUCUUCUAUAGUGUGGAAAGUGCAGUAAAAGGUGUGAUGUAACUUGCAUGUAAAUGUUGCACCAGGAAGACCCACUUCAGCACAAUUAUUAUGGUUAUUAUUGGUGCUUGUUUUAUUUUUCCAGCAUUUUAUAUUGUUUUGUUAAAUCCUUGUGUAUUUGAUCUGGUACAGUGUAAUAAAGAUAUUAAACUAUG